GAAGAAAUUGUGAGAGAAUGGUCGCGGUGUUCCUAUAGUUUCAGUCUACCCCGAUCACGACCACGCAUCCAUGAACGCAAUUUUGCUCGUGUGUACUCGCGCAUAAGGACAGGCGGAUUCGAAUUUCGAAUACGGGAAGCUAUAAGUGAACAGGUGUAGUGGUUACGUGGACGCUCGAGGAACGAUACGGAGGAUGGCCUGCCCGGAAACACCGGUUACCAUGCUCACGGUUCGCCUCUUAUACGUUCUCGCGCUUUUCGGGCCCUACUGUCAAAUGGCACCAGCGGUGGCAGGUGCGACCAGAGGAUGGCACAUUGGCACCGGGUUAAAGUAUAAGCUGACCACGACCUUGCUGUUCAGCGAGGCCGUGCCCUCGAGAUCCAGCGAUGACGUUGGCUACAGGCUGACGGGGGAACUUAACGUCACCGCUGUCUGGCAGCGGCCGGACGAUAUUGACAGCUAUCUGCUCAGAGUCGAGGUGAUUGAAGAACAACGCAGCGCGCUCGAGGCUUCGUCUUUAGGGACAAUCAAGUCCGCUUCAGCCUUCCUAAAACUGAUACCGCUGAUAAAAAUGUCCACCGCCGAGGAUCUAUUAAAGAUCCUGAAGAGUCCACGGAAUCGUCAAAUAAAAUCCCAGUUGCUAGACAUGUACGGCGCGGCCUCGUCGAUUGCUAGUCACCAGGCUGCUAUGAAGGUGCUUCAGCAGGAUGAAAUUGGCGACGACACCGAGAGGUACCUCUGGGCCUUGUCCUUGUCCCCGAGUCCCAGUGCCGAAGUUGCUAAGAAUAUUUUAAAACGGUCAGAGGAGACUCAUCCGAAUGACAAAGUAUCCGAGACGAUUACUUUAACUGCAGCCGCGAUGGCGCGUCACUUGGAAUCUUCAGUGGCCAUAGACAAAGCCAGAGUCAGUUUAGAAAUUGGUUUGGACAGUUGCACUGGCGAGGAAUGUAAACUGAAAUUCCUGAGGGGUUUGAGGAACCUCAGGAGCAAAGCUGCGCUGCCGGUGUUGUUGAAAUUUGCUGUAGGCGAUAACAAAGCUCUCAGCGUAGCCGCUUGGAAAGCUAUAGCGGUCCUUCCGAAGGACUCCGUGACGGAUGAGGUGAAGAAAGCCGCGCGAAGAGUAUUUUAUCAGUUGGAUGUACCGAAGAGAGACAGCAGCGCUAGGACUUUCGCUUUGGACAUUAUUUUAGAAAUCAAUCCUACCAAACAAGAUCUUAAAAAUUUGAUAAAGUAUCUGAGCAGUCCCGACUCAGCUUAUGAAGUGAAGAAGUACGCCAGCCAACGCUUGGAGCAGCUCUCAGACACCAAUCCACAAUUCUCCGACUUAUUGAAACAAGUUUUAAUGGAAAACGAGUCGAUGAGAAGAGAUAUUAACAUCUAUAAUGCUUUUAUUGAAAAGGGAUUAAGCACUGCUUUCACCAGAAACUUUUUAAAAUCCAUAGACAGUAACGGAUCGCUAGUAACUGUUCAGGAAAUCCAGUCAGGAUUGAUGAAGAGAGGAAUAGUGGACGUUGUUUUCGAGGUAGGAGAUCAUGAAGAAGCUCUCUUCUCGUUAGGAUUAUUCGCCGGUGGCUUGUCCAGUUUCGUUUCGUCGAGUCAAGACGAAGAAGAUAAUGCCGACGAAGAAGCAGCCACAGCGGGGAUGGAGAUCGAUUUCCUUGGUGUUGGGAUCAGACCGUUCGUGUUCUUUUCUGGUCAGGGUGAAUUAAUGGGUCACGUUUGGUCUGGAACGGCCUCGGAAAGAACACCGGCGUUCCAAGCUCUGGCUGCUCUUCACAAUCACCGUGAAUACAUUCCUCUGAGCUCCGGCGUCAUUGCCGAAAUCGAUGUUCAAGGUGCCACGAGUUUCGACUUGGCCGGACAGAUUCAGUUGAGCCUCUGGUCCAGGAAUGCUCAAUCAUUGGUGGAUCUCAAAGCCGGAAUAGUGGUGCAAGGUGGCACUAAAGUGAAAUCGGACUUCGUGCAGAGCAUGGCCGAGUUCUCGAUGACUUUAGAACCGAAAUUGGAAUUAGCUACGGACGUAGAUUUCUCGGGACCGGUUUCUCUGUGCAUGAGGCUCAGUCAGCCAGAGAAUUUGAUCAAGUAUCAGGUUUACAAAGUGGAGAGGAUAACUGGGAGCAGGCAUAAGCUUAGAAAAACUAGGAGAGUCAGAAUCAAUAGUCCUGGCAGGUGUUAUUUGUUGAAUAGAAAAAAUAACGAGAUGUGCUCGAAGGUGUUCAGUUAAUUAUUUAUUAUUCGAACCCAGUUUUGUUAUUUUUAUUUUAUUUGUAAGGAUAUUGAAUGUUUUUAGGAACUUUUAUACAAAGAAUAAGGAUAGC